AUGGCUCAAUUGCAUUGUCAAUUGACCCAAUUGACCCAAUUGACCAUACUAACGAAACGGCAGGUUUUUGGUGUUCCCGGUGACUUCAAUUUGGCUCUUUUGGAUCAUAUUUACGAGGUCGAGGGAAUUCGAUGGGCUGGAAACACCAACGAGUUGAACGCUGGUUAUGCCGCUGACGGUUACUCGCGUAUUAAGCGAUUGGCUGCUUUGGUCACUACUUUUGGUGUCGGUGAAUUGUCUGCUUUGGCAGCAGUGGCCGGUUCGUAUGCUGAACACGUCGGUUUGCUUCACGUUGUAGGUGUCCCCUCGAUGUCGGCUCAGAAUAAGCAUUUGCUGCUUCACCACACUUUGGGUAACGGUGAUUUCACUGUUUUCAAGAGCAUGUCGGGUAGAAUCACCGAGCAUGCUAGUGUCAUUACUGAUAUCACUACUGCCGCUGAACAGAUCGAUAAGGCCAUUCGUACCGCAUAUAUCUACCAACGUCCAGUGUAUUUGGCCAUUCCCGCCAAUUUGUCGGAUGUCAAGUUAGACGCCGAUCUGCUACGCCAGCCCAUCAAUUUGGAAUUGGAACCCAAUCCUCCAGAGGCCGAGGCUGAGGUCAUUGAGGUUGUUGCCGAGAUGGUCUUGAAGGCCGAUCAUCCCAUUCUUCUCAUUGAUGCUUGUGCUUCUAGACACAAUGUCAUGAAAGAGGUUGCCGAGAUUGCUAGAGUCACUCAAUUCCCUGUGUUCACUACUCCUAUGGGUAAAGGAUCGUUUGACGAGCAUGAUCCUAGAUUCGGCGGUGUGUAUGUUGGAUCAUUGACGCUUCCCGAGGUUGCUAAGGUUGUUGAACACGCCGAUUUGAUUCUGUCUUUUGGUGCAUUGUUGUCUGAUUUCAACACUGGUUCGUUCAGUUACCACUAUGACACAAAGAACAUUGUGGAAUUCCACUCUGAUAGCACCAAGAUCCGCAGUGCCACAUAUCCCGAGGUCAAGAUGCAACUUAUCCUGGACAAGGUGGCCAAGAGACUUUCAGCGUUGCCUCAAAAGAAACUUUGCGAGGUUCCUCCUUAUCCACCUCUUAUUAAAGCCACACCCGAGUCUCCUUUGAAGCAAGAGUGGUUGUGGACAAGACUGACGUCGUGGUUGCGCAAGGGCGAUAUCAUUGUCAGUGAGACCGGUACCUCGAACUUCGGUAUCAUUCAAACCAAGUUCCCCCAGGGUGCAGUUGGUAUUUCGCAAGUUUUGUGGGGAUCCAUUGGUUAUUCAGUCGGAGCACUUGUUGGAGCAACCAUGGCUGCCAGCGAGGUCGAUCCUUCUCGCCGAGUCAUUUUGUUUGUAGGAGAUGGUUCGUUGCAACUGACUGUGACUGAGAUCUCCACACUUGUCAGAUGGGGACUCAAGCCAUAUAUCUUCAUUCUCAACAACGACGGAUACACCAUUGAGAGACUGAUCCGCGGCGAGAAAGCUACCUAUAACGAUGUUCACAUGUGGAAGUACAGCAAGCUCCUCGACCUGUUCAACGCUAAAGACCACGAUGCCCUGCAAGUAUCAACUACCGGCGAGCUCGACGACCUGUUCAACGACGCCAAAUUCGCCUCACCCACAAAGAUCAGAACCAUCGAGCUGUUCCUGCCACAAAUGGACGCGCCCACCAACCUCAUCAAACAAGCCAAAAUCACCGCCGCCACCAACAGCGAGUAA